AUCUGCCUGGAGGACACGAGUAUGAGGGGAACCACGGUGUGAGGAAAAAAGUCAGAUCAGAUCUAUUAGCGGGAUAUUUAUUUGUUUUUAUUUGAACAAUGAGAUUUGUUUUAAAUCACUGGAUUCCAGUCGUGUUUAUUUCGGACACUCCUGUGCUGACCCUAAAGUCAAUAUGCUUUAGUGAGAAUAGAGGAAGCAAUAAUGCCCCAGGCUGAGAGACUGCAGGAAUGUGUCUCCAAUGUAUCACAUCUGUCUUAGAGUGUUGACUUGCGACUGUGUUCAUGUGACCAUAAAGGAUGAUAAGAAGUUUGCCAUGCUGUUUUCCUCUGUGGUCCUGCAGUGCCAUUACAAUACCCACUCCAUCAAUCCACCUGUGGUGCAGUGGUUAUAUAAGUCCUACUGUACAGACCGAACUAGAGAGUCAUUUACCUUCUCUGAGACUCUGGGAGUCCAUGGCUCUAAGCUGGGGCCCAAAAGCCACUUAGAUUGCUCUGAUGAAAGUCGCACUGUCCAAAUCAUGGCUUCCAAACAAGGAAACUCCUUGAACCUGGCCAAGCAAUAUCAAGGCAGAGAUAUCACCAUUAUCAACAAAGCAGACCUGCGUAUUGGAGAGCUGCAUUGGGGUGACAGCGGCGUGUAUGUAUGUCAGGUGUUCAGUGGUGAUGACCUGGAAGGCAGGAAUGAAGGCCAGGUGGAGCUUCUGGUGCUGGGUAAGACAGGUGUGCAGAAUGACGUCCUACCUGAGUUUGAGCUGGAGAUUAUGCCAGAGUGGGUGUUUGUGGCAUCUGUAGGCUUAGGUAGCAUUCUGUUUCUAGUUCUACUGGGAGUAUGCUGGUGCCAGUGCUGUCCUCACUCCUGCUGCUGUUAUUUACGUUGCUGCUGCUGCCCUGAUACAUGCUGUUGUCCGAAGCACUUAUAUGAAGCUGGCAAAAAGGCCAAAAGUGGACAGCCUCCUCAGAUUGCCAUAUAUCCACCAUACUAUGGUAUUCCCAUGCUUCCUCAAGCAGCACCAUCUCUGAUCGAGCCCAAGAUGCUUUCAGUUCUCUCUUCUGUGGAGAACAAUACAGCUAGAGCUGCCAGUGUAUCAGAGCUAAGUUCCUUGCAUGAUGGCGAUGUGGACUUCAGGCAGACCUAUAGGCAGGUGCAAAAGAAAGCUCUGCCACCAAUCAGUGACCCCAGCAAUGAGCCAAAGAUCCACACAGCUUCCACAGCUCACAGACACCGGCCCACGCACUAUCAAAGAAAUAACACUGAAGAUCAACAUGAUAGCCGAUGGAGCUGCCGCUCAGAGCACCUGCCCAGGAAGGCUUUUGACACCCGGGGUCGCACAGGAUCUUUGGAUGAACUGGAGGAGUUUGCAAGUAAUUACGGUCACCGAGCUGGACGGAGGAGUGACUUUCAUGAUCUUCGUGAUCCUGAGCGAGAUUUUGACAUGGAAAUGAGGCGCCACAAUCAGUACAGGCCGCGCGGUUUUCGAGGUGAUGAUUAUGAUGACGAUGAUGGCAACUGGCAGCGUCAUAGCCCCACUUUGUCUCCACAAAGGAGAAAUGAGACCAGCAGUGAACGGUAUGCUACUCGUAGAAAGUCGUACAAUGAUGCCUACUUGACCGCUGUGCUGGAGCGCAAGACAAGGGGGCUGGGAGAAUGCAGUGGGAGGGCUGAUGAGGACAGUGACACACCAUCAAAAAGCUCCAAGAAGAGCAGUGACUGUUACUACAGCAGAGCACCAACCAACCGGCCAGAGGAGGACGACUCCUUACCUCCCUACUGUGAGGUAGCUCAUAGCCGGACCGAGAAUUCUAUGGAACAAGAUCGCUGUCGGACCAUGGACCCAGCCACAAGGCCAUUUUCUUAUACUCGUCCUAAUCAAAACAUGGCCCACACUCUACAGGAGCUCAGGGAGGAUAAGAACAGACCCAGAAAACUGACCACUCAUCUAAGCAGAGACUCCCUCAUUGUCUGAAGCCCUUGAGUAUCUACUGUGUUGAAUCACACUGGACUCACAUCGUACUAUUGACAUGAAUCCACAGGGACAUGCACAAGGCAGCAGGAAUACAUACCAAAUAAAGAGAAAUAAUGAAGCUGGAUCUUGAAAUUAAUCAUGAAGAGACAUAUUUGCAUUGGUGACCUGUACGUGUAAAUGAAAAUGCAUGCAGGUUUUAUUUGUGCCUGUAUACGUGCUUCUGUCAUGUCACUCAUCUUUUUUUGACCUACCAGUGUUAAUCUAUUAUUGCCCUUAUAAGGGGCAAUGAAUCCUCUUAACUUUACAAAACAUUGUAGACUGAAAAAACACCUCAUAAAACCAUUUAAUUUCUUUCAAAAUCCUUGUUAUAAAGUACUGUAUUUGUUUACCUUUUUGUUGAUGGUCAUUGUUUUAAUAUAUGUUUUUGCACUAUACAUUGAGUUUGAAUUUCAGUGUUAAUCAAUUCUUCCAUGUGUGCAGUGUGGUUAAAUUUUUUAUGAGACCUUUUUUUGCAUUUUACUUGUUUGAAUUAAAACUUCUUUUGAUGUAAACACUGCACCAUGUCAUGUGAUGUUUGUUUAAAUAAUAUGAAUGAUAACGUGUGUUAUUGAUAAAAUAUAAAUGCUCUUUAUCUCAUAUCAUUGUAAAGCACUAAACACACACUUCUUAUGUACACA